AUGUUUUAGAAAUUAUUUUAAUAAGUAUCUCAAAUUUAAAUAGAAGGACAACCUGACACUGCCAAAUUCUCAAUUAGUGCCAAUGAAAAAUCAAUAGUCAUAUGGUUAUAAUAGAAUGGAAAUAGAUUUUUUACAAUAGAUAGAUUAAAGGACAAUUGGAAAUCUAGAGAAUAAGAGUUUUCAAUUCCUGGUCUUGUGUAACCUUCUAAAAUUCACUUAAAUGAAAAUGGAAAAAUUUUGAUUAUGUAUGAUGUAACCAAAAGAUAUUUAUACACUUGGUUAAGAGUACACAAUAAUUAAAAUUGGCUCUUAAGAAGUAUAUUAGAUCUAAAAGUAUAAAUUAAUGCUACAUCAGAAAUCAAUUGUUUCUUUUAUAAGAAUUAAAUCUUUUUAGAUUAUCAACACACUUUUUUAAUUAUCAAAAGAGUGAAUUAAAAUUUUAAGAUUGUAAAUAAAAAGAUUUUUAAGUAUAAUGAUUAUAUGAAUUGUUUAACUUAUGGUUAUGAGAAGGAUGUAUUAGCUGAAGUAACAGACUCAACAGUGUAUUUUUGGAGAGAAGAUCCAAAAACAUGGGUGAAAGAAAAAUCAGCAUUUUAUGAUUGUGAAAUCAUGCCUCAUUAUUCUAGUUUUUAAGAAAAUGAAGUAAAAGCAUUUGUAAAUGGAGCAGUUUGGAUGAUAUCAUAUCCAGAAAGGGAAUGUUAUGGUUAUGUAGAUGAUAAAAUAACAAAACGUAUUACAUAAUCAGCUUUAAAUUAUUUUUUUUAACUAGAUUCACCUAUCUAGAAUGUAGAACAAUUUAUACAUUUUUGGUAUAGAGAAAAUUAAUAAUAGAUGAAAUUUAAUUAUGAAAAAUUAGAUUUAUCUGCAACAAAUAUUUUAUUGGGAAGAAAUGGAAAUGUCUUUGUAGCAAUUAAAUUAUUUGGACAAUUCAUCAAUCUUUAAAUUUAUGAAAGUUUGCAAAUAUCAAAAUAAUUACAAUAAGAUAUAUGA